AUGCAACGACAGGGCUUUAUUCAAGCACUUCAUCUCUCUUCCAAUCUUUUAACACUCAACGUUCAAACAAAAUCAACAACGUUUUAUCCAGAAAUUCUUUUACUCGACUUCAUCAUUCAAAAAAUCGGUCAAAAUCGGAUACCAUCUGAACAGGACUACAAGAAUUUGAGUCAAAUCUUGAAAGGUUGUCAUGUGGUUACCCAACAAUCGAACUGGACACAAGCCUAUGUAAUUAAUCGAUUUGAUCGACGACAACCUCACGAUAUUAAAAUCGACACCGGUGAUUCAUUGAUCAAAUAUUACGAAAAUGUCAAAAAUAUUCAACUUCGUCAUACUCGAUAUCGAUGUUUGGAAGUAUAUUUUCCUAAUGAUACUCGAAAACAGUGUCAUUUGCCAAUAGAAAAAAUUAAUUAUAAAAACGGCGGCAUCAAUUUCGAGAUCAAUUUGAACACGAUUUUGGGAAUGAAAAAAUUUCAACAAGAUUCAUUCAUGUUUUUUGGUGCCGAUGUUCUUCAUCCGACCAGUGUAACACAACAACAUCCCUCAAUUGCUGCUGUUGUCGCCUCUGGUAAUUCACAGUGUUCAAUGACGGCUACACGCAUUUGUCAGCAGUAUCCGAAACAAGGCAAAUGUUCUUUAGAAAUUAUCAUUGGCAUGGAAGAAAUGGUUGUACAACUAUUAAAGUAUAAUCAAGAGGUCAAUAAACGAUUGCCAACAAAGGUAAUCUUCUAUCGGGAUGGAAUUGACGAUGGUCAGUUUAGCAAGAUUAUUGCUGAAGAAAUUCCGGCUAUUCGCAAAGCUUUUGAUAGAAUGUAUGGUGAAAAGUCAAAUCAUCCUCUUUUGACUUUUAUUGUUGUCAAAAAACGACAUAAUACCCGCUUUUUUAAACACGAUCAAGUUGAAAAUACAAAAAUUAAUAUGCUCAUCGGCACAGUGAUUGACACAAAAAUAGUUCAUCCUUAUCAAUACAAUUUCUAUUUGAAUUCACAUAAAGCUUUACAAGGUGUCAAUCGUCCAUCGCUCUAUCAUGUUCUUCUGGAUGAAAUAGAAUUUACAACUGAUGAACUCCAAUUGUUGACUUACUAUCUCUGUUUCACCGAUCAACGAUCAUCGACUGCCGAAGCUAUUCCAUCGUUAAUACAUCAGGCUGAUCUUGCAGCAUUGAAAGCACGAGAUCUAGUCUACAAUGAUGAUGGGUGA